UUCACAAGACUCGGAAUGAUAUUCAUGCUGCGCUCUUCCGAGCGCGUGUGGAACGUCUGCUGAAGUCUUUUGGACUGUUUCAGUUGGAAUAGGCUACAUUUUUGGACAGGAUUCCUAUUUUAUUACGAAAUUAAAGAUGACCACGAAAAAACAGCAGAGUUUAGUCCGGGAGGCGUCGCAUCAAAUCAUUGCCGGUGGAUCCGCAGGUCUGGUGGAGAUCUGUCUGAUGCACCCCCUGGACGUGGUGAAGACCAGGUUUCAGAUCCAGAGAGGGACCAGUGAACCACACAGCUACAAGAACCUGGGAGAUUGCUUCAGGACUGUCUUUCGCAACGAGGGUGUCUAUGGCUUCUAUAAGGGCAUCCUCCCACCAAUCCUGGCUGAGACUCCUAAGAGGGCUGUUAAGUUCUUCACCUUCGAGCAAUACAAGAAGCUGCUGACAUUCACCCCUUUGUCUCCGGGCGUGGCCCUGUCAGUAGCAGGUCUGGGGUCGGGCCUGACUGAGGCUGUGGUGGUCAACCCGUUUGAGGUGGUGAAAGUCAGCCUGCAAGCCAACAGGGACUCUUUCAAAGUGCAACCCUCCACCUUUGCUCAAGCGAGACACAUCAUCAACUCUGGAGGCCUGGGUCUGCGAGGUCUGAACAAGGGCCUGACCUCCACUCUGGGCCGGCAUGGAGUCUUCAACAUGAUCUACUUUGGCUUCUAUUUCAAUGUCAAGGAUGCUAUUCCUGCCAGCUCGGACCCGGGUCUGGAGUUCCUGAGGAAGUUUGCCAUUGGCCUGCUGUCUGGAACCAUCUCCUCCUGUGUGAACAUUCCCUUUGACGUGGCCAAGAGCCGCAUCCAGGGGCCGCAGCCAAUCCCAGGAGAGAUCAAGUAUCGCACCUGCUUCCAGACCAUGGGUCUGGUAUACCGGGAGGAAGGGUACUUGGCCUUGUACAAAGGAUUGGUUCCCAAGAUCAUGAGACUUGGACCAGGUGGAGCUGUGAUGUUGCUGGUUUAUGAGUACAUGUCUAAAUGGCUGCAGACGAACUGGUGAAGUGAAGAUGCCAUAGACAGCCCACCCGCUGCCUUAAACUGAGAUCUAGGACCUGUAACUCAGCUCGUCCGCCACGCACACACACACACACAGACACGCAUACAAGUACACAAAAACACACUUGUACACAAACCCGCACACCACACACGCAAACACGUUCACACACAAACAUGCACAUCCACACACACACACACUUAUGACACAGCAUCAUUACACUGUCUACCAUACCAUUUAUCAUACUCCGUUAAGAGAUAUGAUGUUUAUCUCACCUUUCAUAUCCCAGGCAGUAUUACAGCCCUCUGCUGAACUGGAUUGACUAUACUGCCUUCCCUGUCCUACACCCUAGCGAGCUCAACACACGCCAUCCUACAUCAAACGCACGUCAUCCUACAUCAAAAAUCCUCCAUUCUGCAUCAAACAUCCUCCAUUCUGCAUCAAACAUCCUCCAUUCUGCAUCAAACAUCCUCCAUUCUGCAUCAAACAUCCUCUAUCCUGCAUCAAACAUCCUCUAUCCUGCAUCAAACAUCCUCCAUUCUGCAUCAAACAUCCUCCAUUCUGCAUCAAACAUCCUCCAUUCUGCAUCAAACAUCCUCCAUUCUGCAUCAAACAUCCUCCAUUCUGCAUCAAACAUCCUCCAUCCUCCAUUCUGCAUCAAACAUCCUCCAUUCUGCAUCAAACAUCCUCCAUCCUCCAUCCUGCAUCAAACAUCCUCCAUCCUGCCCAAGUAAACCUUCACAAUGCACUGCAGCUCCAUUUAAUGUCUACAACACGCGAUCACAAACCAUAACCGCAGACACAGUCCCACACACACACCACUCACGCAUCUGCACGCGCUGAGACAAAUGUGUGCACGCACGCACCACACACACACACACACGCACACACCACACACGGGUACCUGAGCACACGGCCACAAACACAGACACUACGUGCUGUCACUUCGACGCUGUUCGACGAACGACAGUGAAGAACAGUAGGAUGUCCCUUCCUGCUUCCCGUACUGUGUUCCUGAAGCCGGUGCCAGACUGGAGCAAGCAGAGAGAAACUCUUCCUGGAACAUUCGGAACAUUUCUUGAAGCUUUAAGAUCGUGAGACAUUCACGCCAGUGUUUCAUUACAGUUCAUGAUACCUAAACAAUUCCACAUCCUGUUAAUCGCAUUAGGCUGUGGGUCUGGUGAAAUUGUGUCUGUCCUUAGGAGAACGCUUGAAAUGGUUUGAUUGUGAGACCUGUAUGUGCCUUCGAACCGUUCUGUACUGAUUUCACAAAUUAAUUAAAAGCACAUUUCAGUGUU